AUGGGUGAUAUUUCUAUCAGUAAUGGGAAUUGCAUUAAUGGAUAUGGCCAUAGAAAGAGCUGCUGGUAUGAAGAAGAGAUUGAAGAAAACUUGAGAUGGUGCUUUGCUCUUAAUGGUAUUUUGCACACAGGUGCCACUCAAUUCCAGGACAUUCAACUUUUGGACACUAAGCCCUUUGGAAAGGCUCUGGUAAUUGAUGGAAAGCUUCAAAGUGCAGAGAUAGAUGAGUUCAUCUACCAUGAAUCACUUGUUCAUCCAGCACUCCUUAAUCAUCUGAAUCCAAAAACUAUCUUUAUCAUGGGAGGAGGUGAAGGUUCCACUGCAAGAGAAAUACUCAGACAUGGGCCAGUGGAGAAGAAGAAGGUCUUGAGGCAUCCCCAAAUUCCUUCUACUAUGCAACUUGCUCAGAUGUGGAGGAUCAAGAAUCCCCAAAUUUCUUCUCGGUGUCUUUUUAGCACAUCUCUAUCUCUGCAUUUCUUAUUUUAUUCUAGAAAAUCCUUCACCUAA